GGGGCUCGUGCUGCUUUGCAGACGCCGCCACAUCGGGAUCUCCCGCGCAGCUCAACCAUGGUCAACCCUACCGUGUUCUUUGACAUCGCCGUCGACGGCGAGCCCUUGGGCCGCGUCUCCUUCGAGCUGUUUGCAGACAAAGUUCCAAAGACAGCAGAAAACUUCCGUGCUCUGAGCACUGGGGAGAAAGGCUUUGGUUAUAAAGGUUCCUGCUUUCACAGAAUAAUUCCGGGAUUUAUGUGCCAGGGUGGUGACUUCACACGCCAUAAUGGCACUGGUGGCAAGUCCAUUUAUGGGGAGAAAUUUGAUGAUGAGAAUUUCCUCCUGAAGCAUACGGGUCCUGGCAUCUUGUCCAUGGCAAAUGCUGGCCCCAACACAAACGGUUCCCAGUUUUUCAUCUGCACUGCCAAGACUGAGUGGUUGGAUGGCAAGCAUGUGGUCUUUGGCAAGGUGAAAGAGGGCAUGAAUAUUGUGGAAGCCAUGGAGCGCUUUGGGUCCAGGAAUGGCAAGACCAGCAAGAAGAUCACCAUUGCUGACUGUGGACAAAUCUAAUAAUAAAUUUGACUUGUGUUUUAUCUUAACCACCAGACCAUUCCUUCUGUAGCUCAGGAGAGCACCCCUUCAUCCCCAUCUGCUCAAAAUAUACUAUAAUCUUUGUGCUCUCAUUGCACUUCUUUGGGUUCCAUAUUUUCCUUAUUCCCCUCCAGGUUUAGCUGAAUUGCAAAGUUAAGUUUAUGGUUAUGAAAUAAAAACUAAACAACU